GCUCUACCCUCCGAACAUAAUUUUUUUUCCCACCUCAUGCUGUGAGCUAGAUCAAGGCUCGGGUAAAAAGCGAUACAAGCUACCCCGACAGCUUUCUUUUUACUACAACCCUCGACCUGCACUACCAGCAACUACAAAGGCUAGGAAAUCCAGGUGAAGUCAGCCAUUCCGGACCUCGGCUCCGAAGUUCAGAAUGUUGCAAACAGUUUUUUUCCAGUGGCGCUUUCUUUGUUCGCCAGCCCGGGCUAUGCCGGGAGACUGCACAUCACAGAGGCCGUGAUGACGCCCUGGGAGUGUGGCAUAAGAUUGCUAGAGGUCCUGCAGGUCGUCUUUGUCUGCCCGCAGACUGAUGAUUCGCCCAGACCUUUGCCUUGCGCCGCUGCUUCUGCUUGACUCACCGAGGCCUGCUUUUAGGGCGGCAUUCGCUCAUCGACCGGGGAAAGGAGGUGAUACAAAAGCAGCAUAGCAACCCGGGCUGUGCCGCCGACCUCGUCGUCGCCGGCAUGUUACCCCAAACACCUCGGAGAUCCUGCCCGACACCAACAAGGUUGUUCGUUCACCACUGUACCAAACCAGACUGUGGCAAGAGUCAUCUGAGAGAAGGACAGAACGAUGCCCAGCAACUCCGGCAUGGAGACACAAACUCGAGCCCGGCCCGAGUUGCCUCCGGUCCUGACUGGCCGCGGCGACCAGGAACUUUCCUGCCCCAGGACCAUGCCGGAUUCGGCAACAAACCCUCUCUACUCUGCUUCGUUGACCUUGCCCAGCCCCUUAUACCCAGCGUCGCCCAGCUAUGACCACAUUAUGAGAGCGCACGAGCGAGCUCUUGUGGACAGGCUGGGCCGGCUGGACCACCGUGGGAGGCGCGGAUCCCAGCAGUCACCAACUACGGCCCGCCUACUAUCGCCCAUCUCUGAGCAGCAGGCCUUGAGCGCUCGACACCCGUCAACUACCAGCUCGCCCUUGCCUCGCUCUCCAGCGCCAUCGCCGCGAUCUCCUGGCUUCUUGCAGAGCCCGGAAACCCAAACCAUCGCGUCCCAGACAAGAGAGAUACUGCUCAAGGGCGUGCCCGGUCAGCUAUCGCAACAAACGCUGACAUCCGCCAGCGCUGCUGAUGGCCACCGCCAGUCGCUGGCACCAGCGCUUGCGAAUGGGCGACGCAACAGCCAACAAGCGCGGGAAGCCUUGCGCAAUUGGGGCCACCUCUACCUUGAUAACGGCGCCAUCGCUGACUGCUUCGUGGCGGCUGUUGCGCUUCGGAGGCACAGCGACAACUUCUUGACCGAUCAGGCAACCGCAGUAACAGAACAGCCGUCCGGUGGCGGGAGCAAGGUCACGAUCCGUGCGCUCGUGAAACCGUGCGCGCCGAAUCGAAAGCCGUUCCUCCUUCGGCGAGAGUUCGACAUGGAUAGCCUCAGAGCGACAAUCCCGGAGCCGUCGCCCGUGUCGGCAGGAUCACAGCGGUCGUCCACUGAGAUUACCAACCGGUGGCCCCUCCCCACGGGUCGGCGGCGCUCAUCUACAGGAGAAAGCGCCAGAUCCACGUUGGGGGUUGGCAAGUCCCCUGUUCGAAACACAUAUACAAUGCCGAUUCGUGAGCGCUUCCAGGGCUGCUACGACUACCUCAUGGAUAAGCACUAACGAAGCUUACGCGGCAGACAGAAAAUAUGCAAUCGCCUUCUUCCCCGUUCUGGCCGCCCUCAUCUACUCGGGGCUUGUUGCUAAGGGUGA